UCAUUCACAUUAUAAAGCUCAACGUAUGGAUGGGCUUUACGGCUUGUUAAUUAUUGAAGAGGAUGAUGACAGUUAUAAAGAUUAUGUGGAUAUCAACAUACUUAUAUCAGAUUGGUAUCCUCAAAAUGCAAAUGAAUUAUUAAAUGAAUAUCAUUACACCUCCCAAAAUCAUGACGACAUUAAUGCAACACCUGAGGUAAAUCCUGAGCCCAUACCGAGCUCGGUUCUUAUUGAUGGUAUAGGUAAGGGAAAUUGUAAAGCGGAUCCUGAUUUUAUUUCUGACACCGGAAGAGUGUAUAAGAUUUCAGAAGGCGUUAAAUAUAGAUUUCGUAUAAUCAAUGUGGGGUAA